AUGGACUUGGCGACUGUGGCAGCCGAAGAUGAGUACACCAAUCUGAGGGAAUAUGUCAAGCAAUAUCACAGAUGCAUGAAAAAGGGAAAUGUCCAUACAAGCACACGGUGGUAUAUUGGGCUGGCUAGGGAUGAUGUCAAUUCGGAAUUCAAGUGGAGAUACAAUCUUAAGUCGGGGGAACCCGCACAAUGCCACUAUGAAAAUUUCGGGGAUGGAAAAACUUAUUGGGGCCCCAACCAUCCUCCUGGAAACGCUCCUGGGGAAAGCCAGAUGAACUGUGUCUUUAUGAUCGCUGGAACUGAUUUUGAUAAGGAAGAAGCCUUUUUCGCUUCGAGAUGUGACUACAAUGAAAAUUCUGAUAUCGGAUUUGUCUGCCAACAGAGAAGAACUGAGAGUCAAUGCGAAAUAACAGAAACCACAACUCAAGUAACACUGACGAGUACCACCGCAGGCGAUGGUGGUGGAAAUUGCAAGGUUCCAGAUCCGACUCUUUGGGGAAAUCCCGCUACAGAUUGCUUAGGAUUCGGAAAAGAAUGUCAAAUUGACAAAGAUCUUGCUGAUCAGUACCAAGCUUAUACGAGGGAACCGGGAACGCAAGAAAAUGAAAUGCCUACUUGGUAUACCGCUACUGAUUACUGUAACAGUCUUGGCUGGGACUUAGCAACCGUUGCAGAUUCAACGGAGUACGAUUCUCUUCGGGAGUACGUGAUGCAAUAUGAAAGAUGCAUGAGGAAAGGAAUUCCGACUGGAACGACAUUUUGGUACAUUGGUCUGGCACGAGACCACGAAACAGCACCUUUCAAAUGGCGAUAUCAUUUGGAAUCAGGCGACUCGAAGCACUGCCCCGUUGAAAAAUUCGGAGACGGGCGGCCUUAUUGGGGUGAAAAUAACCCUCCUGGAAGCUCUGCUGGAGACAAAGAAAGAAGAUGCGUCUACAUGCGUGCUGGACAUGAGUACGACAAAAACAAAGCUUAUUUUGCUUCAAGAUGCGAUUACAAUGAAAAUAGUGCGAUUGGAUUCGUUUGUCAAAAGAAGCGGGUCAAAAGCAGAUGCGGAGAAAAUAAUGGAGGCGGUGGAGCGUCGACAGUUUUUGUUUCAACCGUCCUUGCCCUUCCUCUCAUUCUCCUGUAA